AAACACGAAAACUGAAAAGUAAAAGAUAGAGGGAGGAGUAAAAUCGCCGUGCGCGCUAAGCACGGGUAAUAUCCAAAGUUGUAAUAACAGAGGAGGGGUUUAGAGGAGCCCUAGUUGAAGCUCCGAUCUAUUCUUCUUUCGCGGCGGCUCCAUCUCUCCGGCGGCUCUUUCUUCCUCACGGCUACUAUUACCCAGCACUCGCUCUUAUGAUGUUACUUACUGAAGAUGCUAUGGAAAAUCUCUUUCAAGCCUUGAAUGCAGAGGAUGACAUGGUACAAGAUUCUUCUUCGCCUCUUACUGUAAAUCCUGCUAAAUACGAGCGGAAUGGGAAUGUGCCUUCUGUGGAAGAUGUAGAUUGGGCAGAUUCCUGUUUGGUUAACAAUGCUGAAGAUUCAGAUCCUAAUUGGACUCUCGUGCUGGAUGCCUUAGCAGAGACUCUUAGUUCCCGUUCUGACGCACCUGCUGAUUCAGCAUCUCAAAGAGAUGCUUCGACAGGAGUGGACACUGCGAUUGCACGUACCAGUGAGGAAACGGAACCGUUAGUCUCUGUGGAUACAAUAGCCUUUAAUUCUGCAUCUACACUGGCUAAAAAUAAAUCAGAAAAGAACAGUGAUGGCUAUCCAAUAGAUGACCAGAAUGAUGCAUUGCCCUUGGGAAGUACGUAUGACAGUUUUUUCCUUCCGACUUACAAAGAAGAUACGAGAGAAGUCAAUGAUUUUGUUGCUGAAUUUGAUUCUGAGUUUCCAGUAUAUGCAAUGGAGCAAAGAAAUCAAAUUAUCUUUAAGGAGUGGGAUAUAGACAUUCCAGACGAGGAAGAUGAGCUUACCAAACAGUUGGACAAAAUCCUGUCAGGCGGUAAUACUUCACAAGUAGAUCCUCCAGGUAUUGAUGAUACUGGGUUGUGGGAAGCAUCGAGGGGAAAGUCCAUGAAUGAUCCUCUGGCUGGAUCUGUGGACCUGUCAAUUGAUGAUCUUAUUUCCGGAGUUUCUGACCUAUCUUUGAAUGGAUAUUCUGCUUAAUAAACUCUUAGUUUGCACUAUAGAAGUCAAAUUGAACAACUUUACAUUGCUUAGGUUUUCUUAUAUAAUGUAUAUUAGAAAAUUGCUAGUUUAUAUGGUACCGAUGACCUGAGUUGGACAAUGCAAGUAAAAUUUGCAAGUGUGAUAUUGAUCCUGGUCGCAAGGGCGAGCAUGGACCUUGGUAA